UGGAGGGAUACGACUUUAUGAUAAAUAAAAAUUUAUAAUAAACUAUCAACAACAACACCUUGUUAUCAACUAUAUCUUUCCAUCAACAUACUCCACUCUUUACACUCCUUUGCAACAGAAUCUAUCAUACAUAUUAUACCCUCCAUACCAGUUCAUCAUCUAGAUACCACCCUAUUUCAUCUAUCUCCUUUUGCCAAGUUUAAACUAUUAAAUACCUAGUCUUCGCGCAUUUAAUUAGCAUAGAAUAGACAAGACAACCCUAUUCCAAAGACACGACAAGAACAAGAACAAGAACAAGAACGUUUGACACAUAUUAAUAAUCAACCAUAUAACUAUCUUGUGACUCCACGUAUCCUUAUCCCUUUAACCCCCCCUCCCAAUAUGACAACGAACGGCUCAGUCUAUAUCUGUAUCAAACAGUUCAACGCCAGAUUAGGUGAUGAACUUUCUUUGAAAGUUGGUGAUAAAGUCGAAGUAUUGGCUGACGAUAGUGAAUAUAAUGAUGGAUGGUUUAUGGGAAAGAAUCUAUUAACUAAUGAAGUUGGUUUAUACCCAAAAUCAUUCACUCAAAUCUUACAAACUUUACAAAAUCCUGAUAAAUCAUUAUUAAGAUCAAGACUGAGAAGAGUUGCUAGUAAUAAUAAUAUGAAUAAUAAUAAUAAUAACAGUAAUAAUACUAAUAAUAAUACCAGUGGUGCAAGUACUCCUACUCUAAAAGUUAAUCAAGUCACUGAUUCCGUUGAAAAAUUAGAUAUUGCUGGUUAUAAUGGUAAUACCACUGACGGAUUACAAAUUUCUCAAUCUGAAAAUAAUACCAAUGCUUCUUCGGCAACACAUAUUCAUAAACCAUCUCAUUCAAGAAAUCUAUCAACUCAAUCCUUAACUGAAGAUUUAAACCCUCUACAAGCCCAUACUUGGACUCCUCAACAAGUUUCAUCUUAUUUUGCUUUAGUAUUAGGAUUUGAUUUAAAUAUUGCUGGAAAAUUCGCUAGACAUAAAAUUACAGGACCUAUUCUAUUUGAAUUAGAUUUAUCAAAUUUAAAAGAAUUAGAAAUUGAUUCAUUUGGUACAAGAUUUGAAAUUAAUAAAGAAAUUGAAAAAUUAAAACAAAUUUCUUCAAGAGGAGCAAAAUUAAAAGCUUCAAAGACAAAUCAAAAUCUUGUUGAUAGUUCAACUACUUCUGAAGAAGAUUUCCAAAGUCCAACUGCAACCACUCCAAAUAAAUUUGGUCAUGAAUUCCCAUUCCCUAAUAAUAAUUCAGAUGAAGAUAAAUCAAGUACCGCAACUCCUCCACUUGUUAAUAAACCAGCUCAAAGAAAUCUGAUGUUAAUGCCUUCAGCAACUUUAACUGCCUCAUCUUCAACUUCAUCAGGAUUUUAUAAACAUCAUCAAAGGAAAAGAUCUCAAUCGAUGGAUAAUCUUACUUCUAUAACUCCAAAUGAACAAGAUGAAGAUGCUGAAGAAACUGAUGAUUCAUUCCAUAAUCUUUUUACAUCCCCAAGAAAAGCUCCUCAACCUCCAACUGAUAGUCCUAUGAAUACUUCAUAUAAAUUCGGUGAAGGUGGCGCUGGUUCAAGAGUUCAAAGUCCUGGAUUUGAUUAUGGGAUUUAUAAAACAAGAUCUCAUGCUUCAAGUACUCUUGUCUUAAGUAGACCAAGUUCGUCAGUUUAUGAACAAUCACUUUCAGCAAGUCAUAAACGUGGGGUAUCCCAAGCUUCAAAUGGUAAUAAUAAUAAUACUCACCAUAGAAGAAAUUCAUCAAUCCUUUCUAGUAGUAAUAAUACUCAUCAUAAGAGACAUUCAUCAUUAUUCUCAUUUUUAUCAGGUAAUGAAGAAAAACAACUUAAUAAUGGUUCAGGAACUAAUGGUGCUGAUAGAAAUAAUACCCUCGUUAAAGAUGGACCAAAAUUAACUUCUCCAGUGAAUCUUAAACAUGAUCCAAUCACUACUCCAAGAUCUAAUCAAGUUCCAUUUUCUCCAAGAGCAAGAAAGAAUAAUGGUAUUAUAAAUAUUGAUAACAGUGAUGAUAAAGAAAACGGAAGAGGAUCACCAAGUGAUUUAUCGACUGUUCUUGAUAUCGAUGAUGCUCAAUUCUCACCAAAGAAACUGAAAUCUGUAUCAUAUUCUAAACCAGAUAUGCCAACCUUAAAAGAUGAAAAAAGAUCUGCUUCAGAUUCUCCAAUGAGUAGUAUGAGUUCCUCCACAACUUUACAACCACCAAGUGCAACUGGUAGAUUAAAGAGUUUAAGAACUGUUUCUGCUCAAAAUUUAAAGAAUAUUACUGCUUCCAGAAAACUGAAAACUUCUGCUUUCCAAGAAGGUAUAAGAGACAUUUCUCCUGAUGAAGCUAUCAAACAAGCUAGUUAUAGUGGUUGGAUGUCUAAAAAAUCAGGAAAUGCUUUAACUUGGAGAUCAAGAUAUUUCACUUUACAUGGUACAAGAUUAUCAUAUUUUGCUUCAUUAAAAGAUAAACGUGAAAAGGGUUUAAUUGAUAUAACAGCUCAUAAAGUGAUUCCAUUUAGUACUGAUUCUGAUGAAUUUUCAGAACGUUCUGAUAAAUAUAAUGCUUUAAUUGCUUCUUCAACAUUUUCAGGUAGUUAUUGUUUUAAAAUUAUUCCACCUGCUCCAGGUUUCAAAAAAGGGUUAACUUUCACUCAACCUAAGACUCAUUAUUUCGCAGUUGAAACUGAAGAAGAUAUGAGAGGUUGGAUUAAAGCUUUGAUGACUGCUACUAUUGAUAUCGAUGAUACUGUUCCUGUCGUAAGUAGUUGUUCUACUCCAACUGUUAGUUUAUCAAAAGCUCAAGAAUUAUUAGCUAAAGCUAGAGAAGAAACUAAAUUAAAGGAUGAACAAUUACGUGCUCAGGGUUAUAUCAGAGGUGGUGAUAAUUCUGCUGCUGCUAAUCGUCAUCAUAGUAAUGGUACUGAUGAUUUCAGUCAAUUCUUAAAUGAUACCACUAAUGAUUUCCCAACUUCAGUUGAUAGUACUACAUCUCAACAUGAUGAUUCCACUGCUGAUACUUCUAUCAAUCCACCAAAAUUAUCUAUCGAUACAUCUUUAAAAAACAGUCCUAAAACUCCAAGUACUCCUCAUGUGGGUAAUGGACAUUCAAGUUUAAGUGCUCCACCUAAUGGAUUUGCUUCUCCAUAUUUAUUAGCUUCAGGUUUAUUAUCACCUAAAUCAAAUCAUGGAUCUUCAACUACUGGAACCCCAGUUCUGAGAUCAAAUUCGGAUUAUUUCCAUGAACCUACAACUAUUCCACCUCAACAAACUCUUGAACCACCAAGUUCAGCUUCUCCAACUACAAGUUCAACUCCAAAGUCGAUCUUCUCCAAUAGUAAUGGAAGAAUCUUAAGUGGAUCAAGAAAAAAGUUACCAGCAGAAAAGUUAAUGGCUUAUUCUAGUGAUGGUACGGGUAAUCAUAGUUUUGUAAUCAAAUCUAAGAAAUAAUGGGUAUUUUAAUGGUAAUAAAAUUUUGGAUUGGUAUAUAUUUGUGAUGCUUUUUGCUUGUUUUAAUUUUUUAUACUUAUUUUAUUUGCUAUCUUCGUGUGGGAAGAUAGCUGCUGUCUAUAUAGUCUCUUUCUUCCUAUCUCUAUUAGCUAGUCUCUAUCUUUAUAUUUAUCUAUAUAACAAUUUCUCUUCCUUU